CAAACCAAUGACAGAAGAGCAUACAUAAAGUGGGCGUGGUAUGUGGUGUUGAUGUGUUUUCCCGCUUGGGCGAACCGGUGGAUUUUAAGAUAGCAUGGAAGUUGACAUCAGCAGUCGGCGGCUCUGACAGGGGAAGAUUCGGCCAGUUUGGAGAGUGUUCAAUUGGAAGAUAUGGUGAGACACAGCAUGAUGACGGAGAUGCAAGCCAUCCAACACUCACUCCAGGGUAAGUCCCUGGCUGUGGGCCAAGUAGAGCAGCAGAAUGGUAUGACUUCAGAGGACAGGCAGCACCAUGCUCAAGUCCAAGCAGUUGAGCCCAGCCAGCCUUUGAACAUCCCAGAUGCCCUGAAACGAAAGAAGAAGAAAAGAUCAAGAGCGACAGACAGCUCCACUGGCACUUUUGACGACCUCUACAAGCUGACUAAUGAAGUUCUUGGUCAGGGGGCCUACGCGAAAGUCCAAGGAUGUGUAAGCCUGAAGAAUGGGCAGGAGUAUGCUGUGAAGAUCAUUGAAAAGAGUGCAGGACACAGCCGCAGCAGAGUCUUUCGAGAAGUGGAGACACUCUACCAAUGUCAAGGAAACAAGAACAUUUUGGAAUUGAUAGAAUUCUUUGAAGAUCACACCUGCUUUUAUUUGGUGUUUGAAAAGCUGCGAGGAGGGUCCAUUCUUACACACAUCCAGAACAGAAAGCACUUUGAUGAGCUGGAGGCGAGCAGGGUAGUACGUGACAUCGCCCAAGCUCUUGACUUUUUACACACAAAGGGUAUUGCUCACAGAGACCUCAAACUGGAGAACAUCCUUUGUGAAUGCAUUGAUCAAGUAUCACCAGUUAAGAUCUGUGACUUUGACCUGGGCAGUGGUGUGAAGCUCAGCAGUGCCUGCAUACCCAUAACCACUCCGGAACUCACGACGCCGUGUGGCUCUGCAGAAUACAUGGCUCCAGAAGUGGUGGAGGUGUUCACCGAUGAGGCGUCCUUCUAUGACAAGCGCUGCGACCUGUGGAGCCUCGGGGUCAUCCUCUACAUCCUAUUGAGUGGCAGCCCCCCCUUCACAGGCCACUGUGGCAGCGACUGCGGGUGGGACAGGGGGGAAACAUGCCGCACAUGUCAGAGUCACCUGUUCGAGAGCAUCCAGCAGGGCAAGUAUGAAUUUCCAGACAAGGACUGGGCACACAUCACAAGUACUGCAAAAGAUCUCAUCACCAAGCUGUUGGUGCGAGAUGCCAUGCAACGCCUCAGUGCGGCUCAGGUCCUAAUGCACCCGUGGGUGCAGGGAAAUGCACCAGAGAGAGGUCUUCCAACUCCUCAUACUCUACAGAGGAACAGCAGCACCAAAGACUUGAGUCAAUUUGCAGCAGAAGCCAUUGCCUUCCACAGGCAGCUGUCGCAGCACGACGAGCAGCAGGAGGACUCUGCUGUCGCAGUCGUUUGCUCCAUGAGGCUUUCCCCUCCGUCCAACUCCCGACUGGCACGUAGGAGGGCACAGUCCAACGCCCUGCGCACGAGAAACAACACAGUGGAUCUCACAGCCUGAAGGAGACACCCAGCAUCCUGUCAUCCUGGUUUUCUGAUCUCUUCUGUUUUUUGUGUUUUAACAGCCUCUUAUCUUAUCACUUGCCAGCACUUCCUCUUGGAAAACACGGGUAGAUUACUGACAUUCAGGAUGCAUGGAACACCAACCGUUUCUUUUCUGAAAGUACAUUUUCCCUACUUGAGACUUAAGAUUACCUUUGAUCCUUUAUUUUCUUGCAGCAAGAAUGAGCUUUUUAAUUUUUUUACUGUGCAUUUAUGAAACCUAUCCUUUUAUGUGAAGUGGAUGCAUGUUGCUCAAAUUAUUUGAUUUUUUUUAAAGCUAUGCUCAGAAAAGACAAGACAGUAUAGGUUGCGUUAAACUGAAAUGACCGGAAUGUGACCGGAAUCUUUUCUAUUACGAUGAGCUUUGACAGACACAAGCUACCUGUAGCACUGAUGUACUUUAAAUACUGUAGAAGCAAGCCUGCUUCAUUUUAGAAGGAUGUUACACUUGUAUAUCAUGAAUGCCAUUCAGUUAUGUUUCGAAGGGUGAAAGUCUUGGUGAGAGUCUUGUAGGCCCUCAGGUCUUUUUGUACCAAUGAAGUGAGACCAGUGUUUCAUUUUGGUUAAACCUAAUUCCACGUCCACCUUUUCUGUUUGCCAACUUAAAAUGGAAGACUCGUUUA